AUGGGAAGGGAAUGGAUGGUGAUGCUUGCUGUGAGAUGCUUGAUAUGCUUGACAACUUAAACAUGUUCAAAGCAAGAGUGCUGCGGUGGAACGUCAUGAAUGUUUGAGCGAGACUCAGCUAGUGAAAUUUCAAUUUCGCGCAAUUGUGCGAAACGAACUCUCGGGUGUGCCAUGUUCAGGCUGGGAGCACUGCAUGAUUUGGGCCUAGAUGGUUGCCGGUGAGACGCAGUUGGGUUUGGGAGGCGGCAUGCAGGAGGAUUCUUGCACUUCCCACUGAAUCAACAGCCAGUCGGGAACGUCAUCUACACCGAUUCCUAGAGACUCUGUCUCAUUAUUCGCUUCGCCCCCCAACAGCCCCUUCCUCAUUCGCUUCCAAGGCUGUUGAUGCUUCAUCAUGCAACGCCGGUCCCUCGUUGUGUUCCCACGCGUCCCAGUCCCAGCCUACUGGCUCAUCAGGAUCAGGCGACCCGUUCUUGGACCUCUCAAUCCGCUUCCCGUCGACAUAGAGACAGGCGGGUGGAUGCCAUUGGCGAAGUACGGCCGCGGACCGCUAUCGAAAUUCAUCAUGUUUUGGUAUUAAGCUGCCACCAUUGCGUCCAUCUUUUUGCUCCGAAUGACAUGAAAGACAUUUCCACGUAUGAUGAUCUCGUGAACCGGCUGCUGAGCAGUUUGCGCGACCUCGAUCACGAGCCUGCUCGUCGAAUUUCCGAAGGAAAAGAUCAUAGUAAAUGAGCGCGUAUGGCCGAUUGGCCAUCAGACGGACCACGUUC